CGUACGGUAGAUGGAGCUAGCGAAAGAGAGUUUUUGUUUAACUUUAUCAGUCGGCAGCCUUCAGUUGGAGUAGUACGUGGGUUGAAAAAUGUACAGGAGCUGUACAUCGUCUAGUGAUACUAAAGCACAGCGUGUACCGAGUCCCAACGAAGGAAGCAAAAGCCCUCUGUCAUUAGAGAACUGGUACAUUAACGAAUUCGACAGUUGGCUCCAGACCGUUCCUUCCACAACUAUAGACGUCAAACCAGUUGUAAGCCCGAUACCAAGCCCUCGAACAGACAUGUUAGAAGUUAGUUUCUGCUCCACGCAAGAUUUUCUUAACAACAAGUAUCAGCAAAACAAACAGAGAUCGCCUCAUGUGAUCGGAUCGAAUGAUCAGAACCACCAAAUGGAGGUGAGACAGUUCGCGGUUGAUACGUUCUACGAGUUACCCACCUCUCCUACUCAAGAGAUACGUAUUAAAACUGAACCCGCUGAAAAUUUCUGUAAUUCGUCGAAUUAUGGUGGAUCAUGCAGACUAGUUAAAACUGAAGAUUCUGUCAGUUGCUCUAUUUCACGUGAGAAAAUCGAAGAAUUACAGUGUCUCGCUAUAGAACAGGCAUCUAAGGAUAUUCAUGCGGGAUGCAAAGUGCUGGGUAUAUCUGCAGUUCCCAUUGAAUGGAGUACUCAAGAUGUCCAAGCAUGGAUUCAAUGGACUCUGAUGCAAUAUGGCCUUCCACGUCAAACACUCGAUAAUUUUGCUAUGGACGGUGUCGCACUAUGUCGUCUAACUGAAGAAGAAUUCCGACAAAGAUCACCCCAAGCGGGUGAUAUUUUGCAUGCUCAGUUAGAAAUUUGGAAAACAGCGACCAAUCUAUCAUCUCAUACAAACUCUCAACCACAAUUUUGCCCGGAUGAUAGUAUCUUGGAUAUGAGUGGUCUGUUAAGUCAUUGGAUCAACAAUGUUCCGUCCAGAAUCCCCAACAACAGUCCGAAUAAUUAUAACAGUUUAUUGAAUCAACAUCCAGGUCAGAGGUCACCAGGGCUGCUGGCUGGUCCAGCAGAAAGUGGUCUGACUCUCUCGACUCUAACCGCAGCUGCCAGUCCCACCCAAACAAAUCUGAGCAGCGAUUUCAGCAGCGAGGAUCUGCAGAGCGAUGAUGAGACAAGUGACGAGAAUUGCGAUGUUGAACGAUGCACCACAAGACCCGGUUCGCAUUCUCAUAUUCACCUAUGGCAAUUCUUGAAAGAAUUAUUGGCUCAUCCUCAGAUGUAUGGAAGCUGUAUACGCUGGCUAGAACGCUCGAAAGGUAUUUUCAAGAUUGAAGAUUCGGUUCGAGUUGCAAAAUUAUGGGGAAAGAGAAAAAACCGUCCUGCAAUGAACUAUGACAAAUUGAGCCGAUCCAUAAGACAGUAUUACAAAAAGGGCAUCAUGAAAAAGACUGAAAGGUCGCAGAGACUAGUUUAUCAGUUCUGUCAUCCGUAUGGACAGUAAAAACGUAUCCCACAUCUCUGGUAGGAGGUAUAAUUGACGCGAUACAGCUGGCCUGUAUGCGUUUUUUAAAAUCCUCAAACCUGUAGGGGUGUCAUUUUAAAGUAGCAAAAAUGUUUUUUGCAUCAUUAAUAUUUUGUAGAUAGAAAUUAAUGGGCUGGUCCCGAUUUAAACUACUUAAAAAAAGUGUAUAAGAUGUAGGAAGGUAUUAUUCCCAGCAUCUCCCACAAGAAAAAAUACAUUUAAAAAUGUUAUCCGCUGAAUUGCAUGGGUGCCAUGAUCUUGAACUCUUUUGUUGCUAAGGAGCUUUAGAAAGUGCCCUUUUAAUGCUUUAAAUUACGAGUUAUCGGGUUUAUAACCUGGUAAUGUGUCGUCCCAUAUAUCCGUGAUAUAUAAGUUUGUAUGUUCUGAGAACAAUGUUAUACAAACUAAGGAGAUUUUUAAGUCUCGUCCUAACAAUACAGUAGUUUAUAGAAAAAAUUAAUUUUUAAUGGUUAUGGGUUAUUAGGACCUAGUAAAAUCCUCUAUACUUCUUUUCAGAGAUAUAUUUAUCCAUGCAAAAGAAAUAUAGAAGAUCAAUUUAGUCAUUAGUUUUUUAACCUUUUAAGGUGCGCGCGUAUGUUUAUUCAUAUGUAGCGACAUUCUUAAUAACAAAAAUAAGUAAUGUAACCUUUUAUAAGCUUUGAAAAAAAAAAAACAAAAACACAAAUAUAAUUUUGUAAUUUGUAUUUUUUAAAUAAAGUACUUUUGAAAAAAUCCAAAAUGUCAUGUGACUUGGCCUGGCGCCAAAUUGUACAUGUACUUUAAAUCCAUUAAUUAAGCGGUUGAAGGAACGAAUCGUCGUGACUAAAGUCGGACAUUUUUCUUCGACUCAUUUUUUUUUCUUUUUCAUAUUUAAACUUGUCAGUAAAGUUGCAGGACUAGUCUGAGAAGAGAGGGAGAAAACAGGUGUAGUGAGGUUGAACUAGAAAUAUGCUAAUUGGUUCCAAGAACUAUUCUCGCGGUUCUAGUUCUGGAAACUUUUUUUAGAGUAAAAUAUUCGAUACAAUUUUUUCGAAUGGUAAAGAAUUAAGUUACAUUUAAAUGAUAAAAUAGUCGGGUUACUAUAUGACCUUCAGACGAGCGAAACAGUGUGAAGGAGUUGAUAAAGAAUGACGUAAAUCGUCUUAUCUUAUCUAAGUCGAAAUAGCCAUGGUGGUUGUAGUUAAAAAUGGCGUUAAUAAGCUAUUCAGCGAUUCUUUACCUUAAAAUAAAUAUUUUUUUCCGAAUAUUUAAUCAUAUAAAACUAGAGUUAACUUACUCUUCGAAGAAGUAAAGAAGUUAAUGAAUUUAAAAGCCAAACAAACCAAGCAGAACCUGCAAAAUUAAAAUUUUUCAACUCUGAUAGCACUUGAUUAAUGAAUCGGUAUCCCUAAUAAGUUGCAUUUGUAUGAAAUUUUGGAUUAAAAGUUGUGUUUAAUUCGAUACUGACUUAAAAAUUUACGUUUAUAACAAAUCUAGUUCAGCCUUUGAUGAGUAGGCCGUCGAGUGCUUGUAUGGGGCCUGAGACUAGAGAGGGCCCUUUUACACUUUUAUUUUUUAACAAAUGAAAUAUAUAGAAUGUUUCUUUAUUAAUAAGUUUUUAAUUUAUAUUAUUAAUUUAAUAAGCGCCAUAAGUUUUCUGCGGGAUCGGGGAAAAAAUACUCAGUUCCCCUCUCGACAGUCCUGUCAUUAAAGUUAAAUACCAUUAUUAUAGUUAAAAACGAAUUUGUUUUUUCAUCUAAUAAUAUUUACAAUUAGUACUGGUGAACAAAACGGCUGCACAAUUUUUGAUACCUUUCUAGUGUAAAUAUACAAAUAAAAAAUGGUGCAACUGUUACAUCAAUCCGAAUAUUUCUAUCAACGCUCAGAAAUUCGCAUCUGAUCUGACUAAGCGAAUUUUGAUCUUGUUUAUCAUUAGUUUGAUAGAUAACGAAGUUUCAUUAUGCAAUUAUGUUUUUAUAAAAUAUUUUUGUUAUCAGAGUUCGGUUAUACCUUUAAAUAAUUAAUCAAAAUAAUGUAUAUUAUUCUUAUGCCGUAGGGAAAUAUUUGUUUUUAUUUAUUUUCACGCCUGAGUUAGCCAACAGGAAUUUUUUCCGAAAUCUAUUCAUUUAUUUGGGGUGGGAAACACUUUAAAAUUUUAAUCUUUAAACUAAUUUGAUAAUAAUAAAAGUUACGAGUCGUUAAUAAAUCUCUUUGUAUGUAGGAAACUCAUUUUUAUCUAAAGCCCAUAGAUCCUAUCUUGACUCUUAUUAAAUAUAAUUUAUGAUGCAAAUAGUAAGGCAUUUAUAAAAUUUAGUGUAAUUAUUUGUUAAUAUUAUAUUUUCAUCAAAAUUUACGAUAAGAACGAAGUGAGGGGACCUUCGACAUCUAAUGUACAAGGAAAAACUUUUGAAUAAUUUACAAACGAGCCUAUUUAGCAUUAAUAACAAUACUUUCCUUUUUGCUAAGGCAGACCCUUUAGACAUUCUGAACACAAACGAUUCUUUGUCACACCGAAAGGCAUCAGACGUAAUUAAAAACGAAAACAAAAAUCUAGUCUCUCAUUAAGAAGUUUGGAAUGGUGCCAGUAGUGACGUCACCCCCGAUUUUGCACUUAAAACAACCCCACCCAACAUCUUCGAAUCUGGGAAAGUCCAGUUUUAAUAUGCAUUAUUUAAUAUUCUAAUCGCAUAGAUUUUUAUAUUUUUACAAUACAUAAAUGUGUAAAAAAGAAUAUGGAAUUUCAGUCUAGAGUAUUGUUUAUUACAGGUUAUGGUGAAUAUUAGAUAGUUUUUUUUAAGUUUUCUGUUAGUUUUAUGGUUGUUAGCUGAUAAGGAGGUUUAACUCUUGAUGUGACAUAUAACAUUCCAUAUUUGUUAUCACUUCUAAAUGUUAUGUAUCAUAUAAGUGUACUAUCUCUGGAUCAAUCAAUCAUUGUAAG